AUUCGCUUCUUGGAGCUGACUUUGCUCCUCAAAAUUUAACCUUGGGCCUUGUGGGUCUUCUACAAAGUAAUGUUUCUCAGCUGCUUUGCGAAAGUCAGCUGAAAUUAGUUGCAAAUGUGCCGUCUGCUGUUUUUGAUCAGCUGUGUAAAUUGCCAACAGAACAAGCAGAAGCUUUAUACUCCAUCUUCAGGCAAUCUCUCACUGCAUCAGGAGUCUAUGAUGAGAUUGUUAAAUAUGUAGAAAGUAAUCUUAACGGAAAUUUAUCCUGGAGCGAUUGGUUGGAGCUAAGAAAUAUCUCAACCCAAGUGUUGCGAGAAUUCAUCACUGUAGAAAACUACACUCAAGCUGUUCGGGAGAUGUCAGCGUUGAGUAUGGAGUUCACAGAACUAAGUAGUCAGAUGACUGCAGCAAACAUUUCACAGACGGACCAAGCAAUUGUCAUGUUCAACAGAUUCUUCUGUGGAAACCAUUCAGGCGACCUUAUAGGCCAACUGCUCAGUGCCGCUAGUAAACCUACCCAGUUUGACGACUUGCGCGAACAGCUGCGUGACUCAACAAUGACCCAGCAGCAAUACGAGUACGACAACACCACAACACCGGCUUGCAACUGGCUGUUCCAACAGAUAGAAUCCUCCCCACCCAUGCGGGCGUUGUGGCGCAUGAUCAAACCAUACAUAAGAGGGAAAAUUUUGUACACACCUGAAACAGUGGUUACCAAGAGGAUUAUGGAAAAGUUGAACUCAGCAUUUGCAAUCGUCAAAGAAGCUCAUGAUUUCAGUAACAACCUUGCAAACUUCACUCUACCCCAACUGAAGACAUUGCUGUACAACAACACUGCACAGUUGGCAAUAAUUAAGUUGUUUUUCGACUCUCCUAGAGGUGAGGCCUUGUUGAACAACACUUUUCUUCACAGCUUCCUUGGGAAAAAUUACAACAAAACCAUAACAACUUUCAAAGAAGAUCUGGAUAGGUUUCUCGAUCCCAACAACACUGUUUACCGGGAGGAAACUUUUGACCGCUUGAUCAACAUUACAACUAAUACAACAGAAUUUUUGGAGUGUUUCGACUGGGACAAGGUGGUGCCGUAUAACACUGAGACGGAGGCUAUGGUUGCUGGUAUGGAGCUGGUUGAGGACAACAAGUUGUGGGCUCUCGUCGUCUUUAUAAACCCUGGAAACAUCACUCUCAACCCCAACACGACGUACAAGAUCAGGAUGAGUGUAGAGCGAGUAGAUAACACCGAGUUUCUACAGGACACUCUGCAGCGUCCUGGGGCCAGACUUCGGCCAGCCUUUGACCUCAAGUACAUCACGUACGGGUUUGCCUACCUGCAAGACAUGAUAGACCACCUGGUGAUACAGGAGCAAACGGGAGUUACGAAUAUACCCGGAACAUUCCUGCAGCAGUUCCCCUACCCAUGCUAUGUUGAGGACAGGUUCGUGAUGGCCAUAUCCCGCACUUUCCCACUCUUCAUGGUGUUGUCAUGGGUUUACACGUGUGCUAUGAUCGUCAAAUCUAUCGUGUACGAAAAGGAACAACGACUGAAAGAGACUAUGAGAGUGAUGGGACUCGGCAACCUCGUACACUGGCUAGGAUGGUUCAUAGACAGUAUUGUGCCCAUGAUGGUGACAAUUACUAUGCUUACUGCCAUCUUGGUGUACGGGAACAUUCUAAAGAACGCAGACCCCAUGCUGGUGUUCACCUUCCUCAGUGUGUAUGGAGUGGCCACCAUCGCUCAGGCGUUUCUUCUCUCCACCUUCUUCUCCAAGGCCAAUCUCUCAGCCGCUUGUGGAGGAAUUAUCUUCUUCAUCCUCUACCUCCCGUACAGCUUCCUCGUACGUUGGAUCCUCUUCAUGAGUCCGUGGAUCAAAGCUUCCCUGGCUUUGUCGUCUAAUGUUGCGUUUGGUCUGGGGGCAGGCUACUUAUCCCUGCUGGAGGAGAGAGGAACUGGCGUGUCAUGGCCAGACUUGUGGCAAAGUCCUCUCUACGGAGAUGACUUCAACUUGGGCUUGGUGCUGGUUAUGUUGAUGGUGGACACUUUCUUGUACUUUUUACUCACUUGGUACAUCGAGGCUGUGUUUCCAGGUGAGUUUGGGAUCCCCAAGUGUUGGUACUUCCUGGUCACCAAGUCCUACUGGUGUGGCACAUCCUGCAAAACCGACUUUACUGACAGCUCAGAUAAGCUGAUUGAAAAUGAAGUGUUCGUGGAGACUCAUGACAACUUUGAGGCUGAGCCACGAGGUAUGAGGAAAGGUGUGGCUGUUCAUAACCUGGGAAUGGUAUACAGCAACGGCAAAGUAGCCGUCAACAAUCUCAAUAUCAACUUCUACGAGAAUCAGAUCACAUCCUUCCUCGGACACAAUGGAGCAGGCAAAACCACCACCAUAUCCAUAUUGACAGGAAUGUUUCCUCCGACCAGUGGAACUGCUUACAUCAACGGCCUGGACAUCCGCAAACAGAUGGAUUCAAUACGCAGCAGCCUGGGCAUGUGUCCUCAGCACAAUGUUUUGUUUAACUUACUAACUGUGGAAGAAACACUGUGGUUCUUUGGGUUGUUGAGAGGAAAGGACACGGAGGUUGUCAGACCAGAGAUAGAACACAUGAUACAAGACCUAGGAUUGCCACAUAAGGCUACCUCACUGACACAGGACCUAUCUGGGGGAAUGCAGCGUAAACUGUCUGUUGCUGUUGCCUUCAUUGGUGGCUCCAAGACUGUAAUUUUAGAUGAGCCCACUUCUGGAGUGGAUCCGUAUUCUCGAAGGUCAAUUUGGGAACUACUCAUCAAGUAUAAAAAAGAUCGCACUGUGCUACUGACAACCCACUACAUGGACGAGGCAGAUCUGCUCGGUGACCGGAUAGCCAUCAUAGCUGAUGGUCAGCUACAGUGUUGUGGAUCCAGUGUGUUCCUCAAGUCUAGGUUUGGCACUGGCUACUAUCUUACAGUGGAACUCACUGCAGUUGUUGAUGAAGAGGAGAACAUUAAACAAAUGCAAGUUUCUCAGCUGACAGAGGUAGUGAGUGAGUGUGUGUCGUCUGCUCGUGUGACGGAGAGUGUUGGAGAUGAGGUGGUGUUCCUACUGCCUCAGGGCUGCCAACCUCAGCUGCCCAAACUGUUCCACAGCCUGGACGAGAGACGGACCAAUCUGCACAUAAACUCUUACGGGAUAUCUGACACCAGCCUUGAAGAGAUAUUUUUAAGGGUGACUGAGGACCAACAUCAACCUGCAGCAGUGAAAGGAAGUGAAACACUUAACUGGCUUCAAAAGUUGAGGAAGUAUUUCUUGGGUGAAAUAAAGACGAAACCUGAAGAUUCGGAGCCUCAAUUGGAUAUUAAAAAAAUGGAAAAUCCAACUGAGAAAGAAAUUGUUAUCCGUAGGAACGGCACAGCCGUCAAGUACCUGACUGUCCCUGUGCAGGAAGAGGGCCCAAAGGAUGUAAAUGUUGCUCAGCCUAGCAAUAAACUUUGGAGGCAGUUCCUUGCAUUGCAUAUCAAACGAUACCAUCACAACCGGCGAAACAAGAAGGCUCUGUUCUCAGAGCUGAUUAUCCCAGCUGUGUUUGUCUGCAUCACACUGCUGGUGACAUCCAUUCUGCCAGAACUGAGAGAGAGACCUCCCCUCCCUCUCAACCCGUGGAUCUACCCUCCCCCUCACUACAUGUUCCUAUCUCUAGACUCCACUGAUAACAACACUGCUCAGUAUCACCAAGAGAUACAGGGACCUCUCGGCUUGGGUGCGGAGUGUCUACCAGAACACAGAGCUGAUGAGUGUCGAGUUCCAACCAUCGCCCCACCUCCUCGCAACAUCUCCAUGUUUGGCCCCAGUUGUUCCUGUGACAGUGGCGCACAAGUUUGUCCGGUGACUGCGGGACUGCCUGACCCACCAUAUUUCAUGACUGCUUCUGAUGACACAAUGUACGAUCUAACAGGAUCAAACAUCUCUGAUUGGAUACUGAAAACUCAGAAACGAUACGACCGUACAAGGAUCGGUGGGUUCAGUUUGGGCGUGGUGUCUCCUGUGCCUGAUUGGGACUUGACGUCGAUGUUAGGGAGGUUGGUGCAGGCUGUGAACAACACAGGACUAUUGUGGAGACCUCUGGCUGUGGCUACCAGCAACUCUGCUAACACAAGCAACAACACGCAGCAGAGACAUGUCAUGGUGUGGUACUUCAACAAAGCGUGGGCAUCUUCGGUCGGGUACAUGAAUGCUCUCAACAACGUAGUCCUGCGAUCGUUUGUACCUAACAAUCAGUCACAAUACAGCAUCAAUACUAUCAACCACCCGAUGAACUUUACUCGCAAACAGCUCGGUAUUGAGAUUAUAAGCACAAGUGGAGUUUCACUGCUCCAUGCUAUCGCAGUGUUGUUUGCUCUGAGCUUUGUACCUGCGUCGUUCACAUUGUACCUGAUAGAAGAGAGAGUUACCAACUCUAAGCAUCUGCAGAUGGUGUCUGGCGUCAACAGACUCAUCUACUGGCUACAAACCUACACCUGGGACUUGGCCUGCUACUUGCUUGCAGCUGCAUUGUGUGUGUUUGUAUUUCUUGCCUUUGACGAAAAAUCUUACAUUUCACCCACCAACUUCCCAGGAUUAGUUGCGCUGUUGCUGUUGUAUGGGUGGUCUUGUACAGCUCUAAUGUAUCCAUUCAGCUUCUAUUUCGAUGUUCCAAGCUCGUCAUUUGUUGCUCUGGCGUGUUGUAACAUGUUCAUAGGCAUCAUCACAACUGUCACCACCUUUGUACUCAGCGUCUUUGAUGAUGAGGAACUGAAGGAGGUCUCAGAUGUGUUGAAAGUGUUGUUCCUUGUGUUCCCCCACUACUGCUUGGGUUCAGGACUUCUUAAACUAGCCAGCAGUCAGAUUGCCAAGGACUCCCUGGCUGCCUUUGAUAUAGUUCUCAGUCCCAGCAUCUUUGCCUGGGGUUUCCUCGGUCAGCCACUACUGUGUAUGUUCCUCACUGGUAUUUUGUUCUUCUUCAUCACUUUAGUAGUGGAAUUUAAACUCUACAAAACGCUUUUCUCAAUUUUUAGGGAGAAAAACAUGAAGCUACCAGCGCCGCAGGAUGAGGAGGAUGUAGCUACUGAGAGAAACAGGAUACGUUCUGGAGACACGAGACAAGAUAUCCUGCUGGUCAAGGACUUAGCCAAGGUUUACAAAACUAGUGGAAGUGUGAAGCCUGCAGUGAACCAGGUGUGCUUUGGAGUGCGGCCGGGCGAAUGUUUUGGUCUACUAGGUCUCAACGGUGCCGGCAAAACAUCCACUUUCAAAAUGUUAACUGGAGCUACUGCCAUGACCAGAGGAUCGGCCUCAGUACAAGGUCACGAUGUUGCCUCGGAGUUGGAUACUGUCAGGUCUCUCCUCGGUUAUUGUCCUCAGUUUGAUGCUCUCGACCCUCUCCUCACUCCAAGAGAACACCUUGAGUUAUACGCUCGACUCAGGAAUAUUCCAAGAGCUAAGAUGCAACAAGAAGUAGACCUCAGUCUCAAGUAUCUGAGACUUGGUCACUACAGUGAUAGACUCGCAGGAACUCUAUCUGGAGGCAACAAGAGGAAACUCUCCACUGCCAUAGCUCUGCUAGGCAACCCUCCAAUAGUUUACUUGGACGAACCCACCACUGGAAUGGAUCCUAAGUCCAGAAGGUUCUUAUGGAGUUGCAUACAAGAUGUGAAUCGUCAAGGACGUUCUGUUAUCCUCACCAGUCACAGUAUGGAGGAGUGCCAAGCCCUAUGUACCAGACUCACCAUCAUGGUCAAUGGAGAGUUCAAGUGCCUGGGAAGCUCACAGCACCUCAAGUCCAAGUACGGUGGCGGGUACAGCUUGAUAAUGAGAUGUCAGACAGGCAAGGCAGAGCAAGUUGAGGAGUUAGUCAGAGACAACUUGUCGUCUGCAAGCCUGGUAGAGGCCCACUAUAAUCAGAUGAGAUAUCAGCUGACUGCUCCGUUAGACCUGGUAUUCCAAACCAUGGAGGAGGCCAAGCAGUCUGGACUAAUCCUGGACUUCUCCGUAUCACAAACAACUCUAGAAGAAGUCUUUCUGCGGUUUGCUAGUGAACAAUCGGAUGCCAUGAAAUCAAAAUCAAAUGUUUUUAGGAAUGUACGACGAGCCAUUGUACUUCAGUGUAAUAAGUGCUGUAAAGGUACCCAAGAGCAAGAAGUAUGAAGUGGAUCUUUGGCAUUUGUUUGGUGCAAUACUCACAUCUUACAUGACUGUGUCGUGUCUCUCUAGUAUAGCUUGUAUACUACUUACUCUUGCUGUGAUUUUUAUUUUUAGAACAUAUUGUUAUGUUUGUAAUUUACUUUAUGCAUACUUUUGUUUUUAUACAUAUAAAAACUUUUCUUUUGUUUUUAUAACUGGGACUGGUGGCGUGGUCCUGUAUUUCAGCUACUAGGAGGUUACGAAUUGUGGAUUUAGGUAUGCACUGUGGAUGCGAUACUCCCUGGUAUGGAUUAACGUCCGCACUAGUGGGUACUACGACUAUCCGCAGUAAUAUCCUAAAAAUUAGACCAAUUCGUAUAUACCAAGGCAAAAAUGUGGUUCGGAUUCCACUAUAAAUUGUAGGUCCCUUAGUUGCCAUUAGCUGUAUGGGCUAUUAAUUAACAGAUGUGUCUAAGGAAUAAGUCGGCCAUAGUCACUAACAAGACUACAAGAUCAGGCCACUCAUCCUACACUCGUCUCCAUUCAUACUUGGCUUAAAAUACUUACUUUGUUUGGUCGCCAUUUCAUUAAAAAGUAUAAAAGUAUAAAGUAUAAGUAUUUAUUUUUUAAACUUAUUUUACCAGCUCAAGCAAUAUGGAUAGUUUUAACAUCAAAACUGGCAGCUAUAAAUGUUAUCAAAACUGAACAUAAAUAACAAUUAAUUUUCAAAGAAUACUCUAUAAUUAAUUACUAACCAACUCGAGAACUUACAGGUUUCAAUGUUUUAUAAAAAUAUGCAUAAUAUGUCAGUGGUAUAUGGUCUUGUAAAUAACUUAUGUUUAGAUAAGAGUGGAAGUCUUAAAUAACUUUAUCAGUUAGUUCUAUACUGCAGCUAAAAAGUAGGUUUGGGGUCUAAUAUGUGAAUUUUAUUUAGGGUCAUGUCAUGCCCAUUUUUUACUUUCUAUAAUUUUAGCUGUAAAGCUCUGAAUUUGUCUCAUGUUACAGAGUAAGAGUAAAUACUUUGUACUGUAUUCCAACUGUACCUGCCAUAAUCUUAAUACCAUUGUCAAAUUUUAGUUCGUUUGGGUAUCAAGUGACAAUUUUGUUAUCAUUAAAAACUCAACAUAAAUAAUCAACUUAUUGGCUUGCAUAAAAAAUAGAUAAAAAAUACCCCGCUGCAGCAAAUCUGCAGACUAUGCAAAUUUCCGUUUGCCUGAUUUGAUUAACAAUUAAUUCAAUUCCAUUUAAAAACAUUAGGUUUAACAAGUGCUUAGGUCUGCUGCUACAGGGAGGCUAAUAAAGUGUGUUUUUAGUAGAAUAUCAAUAGCUUAGGACAAGAUAAAUAAAUUUACCAAGUUUGAUCAAAAUUUAUCCAUAAACAAACAAACUAAAAGACUUAUAAUAUUCUUCGUAAGAAUAACAUGGGAAUUUAAAAUUUAAAAUUUUUUGAGUUUUCUCUGUAAACAAUAAGGGUACAAAAAAACUUAAACAUAAUAAAUUAUUUGUUUUUUUAAGCUCUUCAAAAUGAUCUAGAGAGAAAUUGGGGAGUUUUUUGUUUUGAGGGUUAAAAAUGAGAAAACUCCCAUACCCCAUAAAAAUCCCCCCUAAAACCACGUUCCCAUGGUCCAAUCAUGCUGGUUUGCGAACUCAUUUAAGUUUCUCCCGCCCUACACCAUCAAGCUAAAUUUCAUCAAAAUCGGACAAAAAUUAAUAAAUCAAGUUAUUGUGUU